AUGGGUCAUCUUUUUAGACAUUAAUAUGCAAAUGGAGAACCUCCUGCUAUAGCCAAUAUUCCAGCACCUUAAGCAACAACUAUUGAUUAUGAUUGGAUUCUAAUUUCAGGGUUUAUUAUAGUGUUGACAUAAGUGGGAUUUGCAUUUAUUGAAGCAGGAUCUGUGAGAUAUAAGAAUUCUUAAUCAAUAGUAAUAAAAGUGAUGUUGGGUUUAUUCCUUACAAUCUUAAUAUGGUGGUUGUUUGGGUAUGGAUUCUCAUUUGGAUAUGAUUUCUAAACAAACUUUAUGGGAGGUACAAAAUUAGGAGGAUAUAAUUGGGAAGCAAAUCAAUAUGGAAAUGAUUAUACAUACUUUGUUUUUAGAGCAUCUGGUGCUUCUAUUGGAGUUUCAGUGUUAUCUGGAGCAGCCGCAGAACGAAUGACAUUCUUGGCAUGGUCAAUUUUAACAAUAGUAUAUGCAGGAUUCAUAUAUGCUGGGUUAGCUCAUUGGACAUUAGCAUAAGGAUGGUUAAAAAUUAUGGGAUUUAAGGAUUUCUCAGGAGCUGGCGUUAUAUUUUUUGCUGCAGGCGUUGCUGGAUUAGUUUUGACAGUAUUGCUGAAACCAAGAAGAUUCAGAUUUGAUCCAAACACUAACUUGUAAUUCUCAAGGCAUUGUCCAAUUUAUAUUGCUUUUGGAUCAAUUUUGGUGUUUUCUGGAUGGCAAUUCUAUAAUGGAGGUGUUGUUGCAUAAGGAGCUAAUUCCAAAUACACACAAGGAUUGGUUGCUGUCAAUACUAUGGUUGCUGGUGCCACAGGAGGAUUCUUUGCUUUCAUCAUCAGAUAUUUCUAAUAUGAAACCACAAGUUUGAUUGCCUUAUCUAAAGGCAUAAUUAGUGCUUUAGUGGCUGUAAGUGCUGCUACUGAUGAUAUAAAGUCAUGGACUGCAUUCUUUUAUGGUUUAAUGGCUGCUGGUGUCUACAGUGUUUUGGCAAAAGCAGUUCCUAAGCACCAUAUCGAUGAUCCUGUAGAAGUAAUACCAGUGUUUUUGGGUAAUGGAUUUUUGGGAAUCUUCUUGUCAGCAUUCUUUGACUCCAAAGCAGGUUUUUUCUAUGGAUAUGGUGGUAAAUUGUUAGGAAUGUAAUUGUUUGGAUUGCUGAUUAUAUUUGUUUGGGUUGCCUUUUUCAUUUUGAUUACCUUACUUAUUUUAAAGGGAUUCGGAGUCCUUAGAAUAGACUCAGAAACAGAGAAUAUUGGAAUUGAUAAGGCAUAUUGCUAAAGUGAGGCCAUCACUUUUGUUAACUAAGAAGAUGAGGUUUGUCUUAUUAAAUAAACUCAAUUGGCUCAAUAUAGUAACUACCAAAUUGAAUCUAGAGCUAGACUUGGAUUUUUAUGA